UCAUCUGUUUGGAAGCAGGUGGGCAGCACAGUCCAGACAGGCUUAAUUAUAUUUGGGCCGGUAAUGGGAAGAGAAGCCAAUGUCCUUGGGGGGGGAGGGGCACAGCUAAGCAAUGUGUGCAGAGGAGGGCGAUCAAGAUGACCAAGGUUCUGGAAACCAAGCCUUAUUAGGAGCGGUUGAAGGAGCUGAGUAUGUUUAGCCUGGAAAAGAGGAGACUAAGAAGAGAUCUGAGAGCCAUCUUCCAAUAUCUGAAGGGCUGUCCCAUGGGAGAUGGAGCAAGCUUGUUUUCUCCUGUUCCAGAGGGUAGGAUUCGAGCCAAUGGCUUCAAGUUGCAAGAAAGGAGAUUCCGACUAAACACCAGGAAUAACUUUCUGACGGUCUGCAAGGCCAGGAAGCCCCUCUGAGAAGCGUCCCUCGCAUGAGCCCAGCUGAUUAGGUGCCACGGCAGAAGGCAGCAACCAGCUCCGUCCCAUGGGGGCCUCGCUGCACACCGAUUCCAGGAACCUCCUCGCGAUGGCCAGCCCGGCCCUGCAGCCGUACCGCUCCUGGACCCGCAAACCCCUGUCCUGAGCCGGGGACCCAGCGCCGCCCGGGGGUCUCCGCGGCCCCCUUCCCCCGAGGAUGUGCAACGCGUCGCUGGUGAGCUGCCACGUGGACUCCAAGAUCGACCACCUCUUCCCUCCGGCGCUGUACAUCGCCGUCAUCACCGUGGGCCUGCCCACCAACUGCCUGGCCCUGUGGGCCGCCUACCUGCAGGUGCGCCAGAAGAACGAGCUGGGCGUCUACCUAAUGAACCUCUCCGUGGCCGACCUGCUCUACAUCGCCACACUGCCGCUGUGGAUCGACUACUUCCUGCACCAUGACAACUGGAUCCACGGGCAGCAGUCCUGCAAGGCCUUUGGCUUCAUCUUCUACACCAACAUCUACAUCAGCAUCGCCUUCCUGUGCUGCAUCUCGGUCGACCGCUACCUGGCCGUGGCGCACCCGCUGCGCUUCGCCCGCUUCCGCAGGGUCAAGACGGCCGUGGCGGUCAGUGCCACGGUGUGGGCCAUCGAGAUCGGGGCCAACUCGGCGCCACUGUUCCACAACGAGCUCUUCCACGACCGCUACAACCACACCUUCUGCUUCGAGAAGUACCCCAUGGAGGAGUGGGUGGCGUGGAUGAACCUCUACCGGGUCUUCAUCGGGUUCCUCUUCCCGUGGACGCUGAUGCUCUUCUCCUACCGGGGGAUCCUGCGCGCAGUGCGGGGGAACAUCUCCACCGAGAGGCAGGAGAAAGCCAAGAUCAAGCGCCUCUCGCUCAGCCUCAUCGCCAUCCUGCUCUUUUGCUUCGCCCCGUACCACCUCCUCCUCCUCUCGCGCAGCGCCGUGCACCUAAGCAAGCCCUGCGACUGCGGCUUUGAGGAGACGGUGUUCGUGGCCUACCACACGGCGCUGGCUUUCACCAGCCUCAACUGCGUGGCCGACCCCAUCCUGUACUGCUUCGCCAACGAAGGGGCCCGGGGCGACGUGGCCAAGGCCCUCUCCACCUUGCUGCGCUUCCUGGCCAGCUCCAAGCCCCGAGAGAUGGCCAACGCCUCCCUCACCCUGGACACCCCUCUCUCCUCCAAGAAGAGCAGCUUCUGCCGGCAGCCGCUGGCGCUCCCCAUGCCCCCCUCGCAGGCUGGGGUGGGGGGCGCAGGGGAUGAGGAGCUCCAGAUGAAGAUACUGACUUUUGAACGCUGAACGCUCAGAGCCGCAUCCACGCAGCCUCUGGACGAUGUAGAGGCCCCACUGGCAACUUGCCGGGGCAGGUGGCCAACAGAUAUACUAUCAGACCUAACAAUA